GUCCUUGAGAUGCUCCUCUCAUGUGUAGGAGUCCAUGAAUGCUGUGGUCCAGUAUUGGAAGCUACAUGUGGAAAACUGCAAGCAAAACAGUUUUUCUUUUCAGUGGUGUGAUAGGUGUACAGUUGGUGGUUACCAUGGUAAUGGCUAGUGUCAUACAGAAGAUCAUACCUCACUAUUCUCUUGCUCGUUGGCUUCUCUGUAGUGGCAGCUUACGCUGGUAUCAACAUCCCACUGAAGAAGAACUGCGGAUUCUUGCAGGGAAGCAAAGAGGGAAGAGUAAAAAAGAUAGAAAAUAUAAUGGUCAUAUUGAAAACAAGCCCUUAACCAUUCCAAAAGAUAUUGAUCUUCAUCUGGAAACAAAAUCUGUAACAGAAAGGGACACUAUUGCAUUGCAUUACUUUCCAGAAUAUCAGUGGUUGGUGGAUUUCACUGUUGCGGCUACAGUUGUCUAUGUGGUGACAGAAGCCUAUUACAGCAUUAUGAAGCCCUCACAAGAAAUGAAUAUUAGCAUAGUGUGGUGUCUGCUUGUCUUGGCUUUUGCAGUUAAGGUACUGUUUUCAUUGACUACCCAUUAUUUCAAAGUUGAGGAUGGAGGUGAAAGAUCAGUCUGUGUCACCUUUGGUUUUUUCUUCUUUGUGAAAGCAAUGGCAAUACUCAUUGUGACAGAAAACUAUCUAGAGUUUGGACUGGAAUCAGGAUUCUCGAAUUUCUCAGAAAGUGCUAUGCAGUUUCUUGAAAAACAAGGUUUGGAAUCCCAGGGUCCUGUGUCUAAACUAACCUUCAAAUUGUUCCUGGCUGUUCUGUGUUCACUUAUUGGUGCUUUUUUGACAUUCCCUGGCUUGCGACUGGCUCAAAUGCAUCUGGAUGCUCUGAAUUUAGCAACAGAAAAAAUAACACAAACAUUGCUGCAUAUAAACUUCUUGGCACCUUUAUUUAUGGUUCUACUGUGGGUAAAACCAAUCACUAAGGACUACAUUAUGAGCCCACCUUUGGGCAAAGAGAGCAUUCCUUUAAUGUCAGAAGAUACAUUUGAUACCAUCAGAUUGUGGAUUAUAAUCCUGUUAUGUGUUUUACGAUUGGCUAUGAUGCGUCAUCAUUUACAAGCCUAUCUGAAUUUAGCCCAGAAAAAUGUGGAUCAGAUGAAAAAGGAAGUUGGUAGAAUAAGUAUGGUUGAAUUACAGAAAAUGGUAGCUCGGGUAUUCUAUUAUCUCUGUGUAAUUGCACUGCAGUAUGUUACACCAUUGGUAAUGCUCCUUCACACAACUCUGCUCUUGAAAACACUAGGUAAUUAUUCUUGGGGCAUCUACCCAGGAUGGAAUUCUGACGCUUCAGUAGAAAACAGUCUGCUUCCCAAGUCUGUUCAUUCUGAGUCUCCACCUGACAAUGGAAGAAUGAAAGUAACUGUAGUACAAAUAACAAUGGCUCUGGGAAGCCUAAAGAAUAUUUUCACUCCUCUCCUGUUCCGGGGACUCCUGUCUUUUCUCACCUGGUGGAUUGCAGCUUGCCUUUUUUCUACAAGCCUUUUUGGGCUCUUCUAUCACCAGUACCUGACUGUGGCAUGAACAAGUCAACUGACAGAGCAAGUGUGAGGUCAAAUUCUAGAUACAAACCCAAGUACCAAGAGGAGAUGAAGAGAAAAGAAAACUAUAUAUGUGAAGAGAAAACAUAUCGUAAUUAUUUUUAAACACUUCCUUGAUGUUCUCAGGGUGAAUAAUCUUAGAAUGUUUAAAAUUGCAAUUGGGUUUGUUAUUUUUGUUACCCAAAUGGCAGGUAACUAAUUCAGUUAUAGAGUUGUAGUCCUGGGACUGACUGACAUGUGUUGUAGAUGGUGGUAAGCAUGUUGAGAAGAUGUGACCUCUUGGUUUCCAUAAACAGAAAGCUAAACUCAAAAAUUUGUUUUUUAAGCAUCAACAGUCACUGACUGAACUGCAUUCAAAGGGUACUGAACAUAGUGAUGGUGGCUGCCUAUCAAUUAAGUCUUGAAACUGAGCCAUACAGUGAAAGGAGAGAGAGGGGAUUUAAACAAAAAAAUUCUGUUGGAUAGCUGGUGAUCACUUUUCUCCUUGGAAAAUUAAAAAAAUCCAACAGGACAAAAGACAUACUGUAUAUUACAGUAAGGAAAAUUGUAUAAAAUAUAAAUUUAAUAGGAGCAGAUGUACAUACCUGACAGGUAUUGCUGCCUACAUAUUUUGCAGGAGUGCUUGUGCAGUAAGAAGAGAAUUAUAACAAAUAUAUUAUUUCAGUCCCUGUAGUCAUUUUGAAGUAAUGGCCAUCUGUAUUGGUGCUAGUAUUGAUCCACAGAUUGCAUUUGGAUCUUUUAAAUUUCUUCUUUUGAGGUAGUAGAUAAAUUACAUUGACUUUACAAAAGAAUAGAAAAUAAUUAGUGACACCAGUCAAACAUUUCAGAACAAAAUAGUUUAGUUUUGCUGACUGACAGUGUAUGUAUAUGUGCAAUGUACAUAUAUAUUGUAUAUUAAAUAUAUAAUAUAUAUGAAAGUAUGAAAUACUGAAUCUUUAUUUUAAAUUCCUCAAAUAUACGUUACGGGCUGUGGGAGACAGGUGUAUGUGUUUCUAGUAAUUUCAAGAAUCCCUUUUGAAAUGAAACGUCUAAAUUUUUUUUUCUCUUUUUUGAUUUUUGGGGUUUUUUGAGUUCAGUUCAAAGGGCUGUUUGUUUUUUGUGCCUCUUUAGAGGUACUUAGCUAUACGGAAGAACUUAUACUGUCUUGGAAGAAAAGAUGUACUUAAAACUGUUAAUUUUCAAAUUUCUGCUCUGUCAAAUCAUCAUCUUUUGCCACUAUAAUCUGUGCUAACUUGACCGUAUAAUGAUACUUAAUAUAUCUUGGCUUCAGAAACAGAUUUUCAGUAUAAUAAAACAGUUAUGUAAUAAGAAAAAGAGCAAAGUAUUACCUUUACAAUUUUUGCUUAACUGAAGAGAUAGCUUCCAGAGAUAGAUUGCAAUCAUAAAAUUAUUGACAGUUUGUCAAAUGUUUUGCGUAUUUGGAAAACAGGAAUGGGGAUUUAUAUGCAGUAGCUUUUUUUAACAGAUAAUAUUACACUUCGCAGAGGUCAGUGGGGUUUUUAACUAAUACUUGCUGGUUUUAUGUUACUGUUCUUAUUCUCUUGAAUUUGUGUACACCUUUGGCAUAUAAUAACAUUUAUAAAUGGAAAAGCUUAGCUAAAUAUUUAAUAUGUAGCGGACCUACCAUAUGGGAAAACAACUCAAUGAAUGCAGAAAAUCAAGAUUCUAAGCUGAUGAUUAACUGUCUUACUGUGUUGAAAGCCUUUUAAGUAAUUUAUUAGUUUACUAAGCCGCUUUUAUUGGGGAAAGAUUUGUGUACACCAGCCUAGUACCUUCUGCAUAUCUUUGGGAUGUUUGAGAACACCUUGCGUGAUGCUACUGGUUUUAUUGCAGUAUUUCAGUGUGGCUUGGGGUGCAAGCUUUGAUGUUUUCACACCAACUUUUUGUAACUAACAGGGAUGAAAGCUUAACUGUGGAUUGGCCUAAAGAAUAAUAUUCAAAUAAGUUUCAAAUUGCAAAGCAUUCCUAGGAAGUGUCUCUCAGAUGAAUAAUUGAAUGACAAAAUAUGACAGGGUCCAACAAUACUGGACCCACUUUUAUGUUAGUUCAAGAUAUAUCAUUUCUACAAGAUACAUCAUUAUUAAUAGGAUUAAUAUGGGCAGCUUUUUGGUUAGAGUUAGGUGUUCAAUGCCAAUCUUUUGUUCACAAAAAUAGAACAAUGCAAAACAUUUCACUCUGAUAGUGAACUUUCCUGAUGAUGCUCAUUAUAUAGGAAAUGUAACUUGUUCCAAUCUAAAGAAAUAAAUUUUGGAUACUUUAGAAUACUUCAAAAUAAUGUUAAACAAUGGUUUCUGCUGACAUAAUUAUUCUGAAAAGUCAUAAGCAAAAGUGAACUACAGUUAUAUAAUAAUGCAUUCAGCAAAAGUAAUAACUGGAUUAUGUAGCUGAACUUCAAAAAGCUUUUGCUAAGAGCUCAUGUUGUCUUACUAUUCAGGCAUCACACUGAUCACGGUGAAAAAUAGGUACCUGCUGUUACAAACAUGAUGAUCAGUACUUGUAGCCAUUGUGUUGUUCCAUUAUUCUACAGACCAUUGUUCUGCAGAGUUGGAUGGUUGAACCUUCUGGUCAGCAGUAAGUGGGAGAUAGGCUUUCUUUGGAUCCAUCUAAUCCAGACAUGAGUCCAGAAGGCUUAUGAAAAACUAAAAUAUGGCAAUAAAAGCCUUUGAAAUGUGUGGUGACUGAAACCGGAGGGACCAUGUUGCAAAGGUUGUGAGCAGUGCUUCCUGCAAGUAUGUGAUGGGAUCAAAAAUGUGUUUUAAAUUAGUAACCCUGAGAGUCGUGACUUCCUGUAUAUUGUGUAAGGUUCAAAGGAAUAUCUGCUCACUUCUGUAUUAAGUUCCUUUGAAACAGCAGCUGGCAAAUGCUUUGUUUGUUUGUUUGUUUGUUUGUUUCAUUGAGACCUGUAUCAGCAUCCACCAAUGGGGGAAAAGCAUCUUGCAGAAAUGGAAACGCAAGUCAAAUGUGACUGAAAGGUUGGUAGGUGUUACUCAAGUUUGUGAAAAUUUUUUGUCUUGCUUUUUGUCCACUACUUAAUUUAAAAAGUUUAGAAUGGUUUGAGUUGGAAUGGAUCUGGAAUGGGCCACUUUCCACAAGACCAGGUUGUUCCAAGCCCCAUCAAACAUGACCUUGAAUACCUCCAGAGAUGGGCAGCCACAGCUUCUUUGGGUAACCUUAUCAAGUGCCUCACCACCUUCACAGGCAAGAGUAUCCACCCAAUACCUAAUCCAAAUCUCCCAUCUUUUAGUUUAGAACUGGUCCUCCUUGUACUAUCACUCUCUGCCUGUGCAAAAAGUCGUUCUCCCUCUUUUUUAUAAGCCUCCUUAAGUCAUGGGAGGCCUCAGUGAGACCUACCUUAGUUUCUGAGAGAUUUUAGAGGGAAGUGUUCCUUUGGCAAAGAAUCCAUGUCCGUUUCUAUUUUCUUAAAUUCAGAUCUCCGUUCCUCUCUUAGUGAUGUGACUUCUGUGGCCGAUCUACAGGACUUUCCCUAUGGUCCCUACUCAGAACCAAGUAGGCUAAAUGAGUUCAAGAUUGUGUUUUGACUUUUGCUGAAAUUUAUCUAUUUUUGAAGGAUUAGUUCCUUUAAAUAGCUCAAAUAACUUCAAAUUCCAUCUGAAACAUGAACAAAUUUGUUAACAUUUUUUUAACUCUGCAUUUUUAUUAUGUACGUCCCUUUAGAUAAAAGGUUAAGAUAGUGAUAAAUUCAAGUCUUCCAGCAAGUUCAGGGAGGUCCAAACAUAACACUUGGGCUUUCUGAGCUAAGAGAAUUUGAUAAAGGAGAGUCUGUUAGAAAGUCUAUUCUUACACUUUGUGACAUUCUCAGGCUGCACUUGUCCUCUUUUGAUUCUUUCUCAAGCUAUAGGUUAUGCCAGUUUUUGUUAGCUGCACAGUCUUCUCUUCCAGAAUUCACUUGCAUAAAGGAUCCACAGAUUAAAUGGUAGCAUCAGUACAAGAGAACGUUCUUGUACAGAAGACACUUACAAAAAAUUAUUUUGUGUUGCGGUUGGUCUUCUCUUUAUUUGGAUCACAAGUACUGCAAGGUGUUUAAAUAGAGAUACAUUCUUCCCUGAAUCGUAAAGUCAAAUUUGUCUUAGGAGCAAAAAUGCUACAAAGACAUCAACACAUUUAGGCAGCAUAACCUCACUGUCUGUAGUGGUUAGGAAGUACAGGAAUUUCAGCUAACUUCAAAGGAACAAUUCAAAUUGUUGUACUUCAUUACGGUAACUACAGCUAAGUGGUAGGGAUGUUGGAUAUAUCACAUAGAAAAUUGAGCACAUCUGAUCUUAAAGGUGUUGGAAGGCUCUCCAAGGUAAAAGGCUUUAUGUCUCUUUACUCCCAAAAGCUCUGCUUUCCACAGAGGUAAUUUUGAUCCAUUUUUAAAUACUACCCUUCAUGUUUUUCACAACACAUUGUGCACAUUUAUUUAACACAGCCCUUCCACACCCAGACUUAAACCCACAGUUAAUUUUGUCACUAUAAAGUUCCUAGAUACUUUUAGUUAAAGUUUAAGAAUUCAGUACCCAGACAAAAUGGAGACACAAGAUUGAGGCCAAAGAAAAUUGUGUGUUCUUUUGAAGAAAUCUGUUACAGCUGAGCAAAAUCUUAAUGGAGGAAGGCAACAGCAGGUUAGUUUUAUCCUAAAUCAAAUAUUAAAUGUGAAUAUUUACCAUUAUGAGUAAGACUUAUUUUUAGCAUCUGCAGCCUAAAUCCCAAAUGGCAAGUGAAGAGCGGAUACCUACUCUAAAGAUCGUCCAGGCAACAGAUGCUUAGAAGCCAGAUGUCUGAUCUCACUAAGCAGGCUGAUGCAGAUUGGUCUGUCCAUGUUUCAGAGUGAUUUUUGUGCAACUCCUUCAGGAAGGCCUGCCAUGCUUUGUUACCUCUGCAACACACAGUUUAGUGGAUGGUGUAUCUCAUUUGUACUCCUGAGAACUAGACUGAAAGGUCUUCCUCCUCUGGAUGAGGUCAUGAAGCCAACCUGUCAUUUCCACGCUGCUUUUACUGACGUGUAUAUGCUGCACUUAACUUUUUCCAGUCUCUCACUGUGGACUGCCAGGAGAGUAAUAUUGCACUGGAUAUUGUUUUGCAUGCCAGUGUAUAUGUAUUUUUAUACCUUUGAUUUCAAUGGUAUUUUUAAUGGAAGUUAUUUUUAAUCCUAAUACCAUAUAUCAUAUUUUUGUUUUUAAAAUUAGUAUCAGUGCCUGCAACUAGAAGUCAUAAACUUCUACACUUGUUUUUAAAAAAAAAACUUGAUGUUUAGGCUAAAGUAUUAAUAGGUAUGCAGUUUUAAAAAGUCCAAAUUCCACCUGUAAAUACCGGGUUUUUUCCAUGUGAUUACACAAGAUGUGUAAUUAUGUGAUUACAUAAGUCAAGAACCCUUAGAAUUUGUACUUGCAGCCCUUUUUCUCAGCAACAUACUAUUCAUGUGAACUUCCUAUCUACAAAAUAAAAAUACACAUCUCUAAAGAGCUUUGAAUGGCUUUUUACAAACUCCUUAAUAGUAGGUCAUUACUCUUUUACUGUGCUGCAACAUAUUUUUAAAAACCUGGCUUAAAAUUCCUGUGCUUAAAGCCAGCCUUAUUCUCUCUUCUCUCUUCAUAGUAACUCUGCCUCCUGUAUGUGUUCUAAGCUUCCAGAAUGCAUAUUCACAGUAUUUUUGAUAAAAACACAGGACAAAGAAAAAGGCACCAAAAACUGUAUGUCAUAACUACAGUUCAUAUCCAUGCCAUGAUGUGCCAACAGUUUUUAUUUUUCCCAUCUUUAGUCAUUCCUUUUUUCUGUUGUUAACUGUAUGUAAGGUUUUCUAGGAGGAAUACACAUGGAAAAACAUUUUGUAAUAGAAAAAGAAAGCCAUCUAAUGUUUCAGUCUUCCCAUUUAUAUGAGUAAAUAUUAAUGCAAAGAUGGUAUUAAAUAAUUUCAGCCUAAAAUGUCUUGUUAGGUAGACACAUUACAAAUUGCACAGGGAACAUCUUCCAAGUUGUAAAUAUCUUACUUGCCUCUGUGUUGCUGAAAACACACAAAUUCAGUGUUGUUCUUCAGUUAAUAGUAGGGGUUUGUUUGGGGGUUUUUUUUGUUUUCUUUUGUAUUUAAGUGAAAAGCAUGUAAUUCUAUCUACUCUAGAACAAAGACCUUAGACAAAAAGACUCUCCUCUCUUAAUUUCAGUAUUUACCAGAUGGGAAAGACUGUGAUUUAUGUAAAUUUUAGCAUCCUCUGACUGCUACAAUACUGUUAAAAUAUAUUAAAAAGCUCUUAUAACUUUACAAGUAUUCAGACUGUCAUGCUUCACAGUAAGGAUGGUGUCAAGUGGUGUUUGCAUUGUAUGGAUCUGGUGUUGCAUUACCUGCAUAACAAAUUGGCUCCUAUGCUUUUAAAGGAUCAUCAGGAUCUGUGUUCAGAAGAACACAAUGCAGGUUGAAAAAGCUCACUUUGGUUUUUUUUUUUUCUUGCUUGUUUUGAGGGCUUUUUUUAGUGGUGUGGAUAUUACUUGGGUACAACUACUACAGCUAAUAAACAAUCUCCAGUAAUAUUGCAUCCUUUUUGUACACUGUGAAGUGCCUAAUCAUGGGUGAUUCUGGUAGCCCUUGAAAUGGGGUUUGUUAUGAAAUUAUUUUUUUCAUAAGGUUUUUGGCUUAUAUGUGGUUUUGUGGUGUUACAUAUUGGCAACAAAUAAGAUUUUGAAGAAAUCUUUUCCAUUCCUCUUACUUAAAUGGUAAUCUAAAAACUUUGUCCAUAUCUGACUGAUAAUUGAAUACCCCUAAUUUAAACUAACACCCCCUCCCUCUGCCAGCUGCCACCUCUGCAUUGUUUUCUUUAUGACUGAGGGCAAAUAUUUACAAGAUUUGGAAUGGAUUGACUUAUGAAGUUUUGUAGUGACACCUGGGUUUUAAUUAUACCCGUUAUGCAGGCAUGUGGUUGACUUCAGCUAGGUAAGUUGUUCUGCUUGGGCUCAGAAAGGCGACGUUGAAGGUCGCUAAAUCCUUAUGUAUUGGAGCACAAAGAGUAUCAAAUGUGACAUGGCUAACUGAUAAAAAGCUUCAAAAAGUACCGCCUUGUAGAAUUUUGUGCGAUUCUGCUAGGGUAUUCAAUAGUGAAACCACUUGUACUUUAACACUGCUUGUCCACCUUCAGGAAUGCAAGAGCUGAAGGUAGAACAUGGUUGAGCAAGGAAGUUAAAAAAGUGAGAAAACAACAGGCCCCUCCUCCGGAAUUAAUUAUACAUUCUGCAUGUGAAGUGCUUGUAAGUUGAUAUGGUGUUACUGGUUCAAAUCUAUCAAAAGGAAACCCUCUUUCGAGGAAUGCUUGUCGCAGCAUGUUGAGCUUUUAGCUCUACGAAGUGGCUAUAUAAAUCUGUAGUGUAUAUAGUACACUGUUUGGGAAAACCUGAUAGAGUAAGCUUGCUAAAUAUUUCCUUACAGUAUUUGUAAGAAAACAAAUUCUUACUGCAGAGCGUGUAAGAAGGUGGUUUUGCCUUGCUCAGGCACCAUUUUAUAUUAAUGUGAAAACAAGAAGAAAUGGUUUGUCAUUUAAAUGCCUAAAUUUCCCUAACAACAGUAAAUUUCACAAAAUUGAAACAAGGUUAUACUUUGUUAUUCCCUAUUCAUUUUGGUGAAAUGUUACAGUUUAACUCUGCUUUUAUAAUUGCAUUAUUUAAAUGUAAUUUUUUACAUACACAUUAUUAAAAUGAAAUUAUGUCUAUUAGUUGCUCAUGAUAAUACCACAGCAAAGAGAAACUGUGAUAUCUACUGUUUAUCAAGUGGCCCCAUCAACUUGCCUGCCUUUGUAAAACAUUUACCCAUGUUGAACAUACAAUAUCUACUGCAGUGAUGUUCCUAUAGUAUUUUAGCAUCUGUACAUGUACUCUGCAUGCCUUGCACUUGCGCACUGUAAAGGAUUAAAAAACCACAUUAUUUUACAUAGUAUUUCCCAUAUCCAAAAUAGGAAAAUUUCUAAAGCCAAAGAUCAAUAAAUGUUUGUUGUCUACCA